CAUCGGUGCCGUGGAGCACAGCGCAGUCGCCGCUUGCGGCGGCGACGCAUGCAGGACAACAUGCUACACUUGGAGGCCGCCGUGCCCGAGUCGGCGGCCGCGAGCCUCGUGCCGGAUGUGCGGGACUCCGACCUCGGUUCCGAGGCCGACGGCGAGGCGGACCUCGGAGGCGCGUCCGAGGUGCUCGACGCGUCCCCGUCCACUGGCGCUGCUGGGCCCGCAGUUGAGCAGGCCAUGGCUGCCCCGGAUGGGGGCCACCAGGGCCUCCGCGACUUGGAGGCGGUGUGCUGCCCCUGGGCAGGCGUCAGCGUCGGCGUGGCGCCAGCCUGGAUGAGGAGGUCCGCGAGAGCAUGGAGACGACCGGGUCCGCAGGUGGCCCUGGGGUCCCGGCGCUCGUGUGUACACUUGCGCUAGGCGUAGGGUCUGGCGGGCUUUCUGGCCUACGGCUCCUCUCAGAUGAGGCUCGCCGUUGGCCUCGCUUAAACCGUCGGCUGGCCGUCAGGUUCGACUCUCGGCCGCACACGAAACGCACAAG